AUGGCCAUGACAGACGACAAUAAGCUAGUAAAGGCAUGCAAGAGGGGUUUAGAGGACGAUGUGAUCCGCCUGCUUAAAGGCGGUGCCAACCUAAACACAAUUAGCGCAAUCCACUAUGCUGCUGAACGUGGAUCAAAAGCUAUUGUGCAGGCACUGCUAGAUGCUCGUAGUGGUCAUGAGGAUGUGAUCAAACAACUACUAGAGAAUGGUGCCGACGUGAACGCGAACGACGAAAACCACUAA